AUGGCGUGGCAUUUAGCCCCAAUUAUAUUAAGCUUAUGUGCUUUUCUUGUUGUCAUCCUAGUGGCUGUAAUAACUUUUUACAAAAACUGUUUUCUCUACUUCAAAUCCAGAGGAAUUCCAUUUUUAAAACCAUCAAUCCCUUUCGGAAAUGCCACUAGUUUUUUUCUAGGCAAAGUUGGCUUUGGUGCCUUGUUUCGGGAUUGGUACUUGGAAAUCCAGAAAAAUGGUUGGCCAAUCGGCGGGGCUUAUUUCUGUGGAAAACCCGUUUAUAUACCAGUGGAUAAUGAAAUAAUCAAAAAAAUCCUAGUUUCGGAUUUUAUUAUUUUCCCCAAUCAUGGAUUGUACAUUGAAGAAAAAAGUGAUCCACUUUCAGGCCAUCUUUUCAACAUGGAAGGUUAUAAAUGGAAAAAUCUAAGGGCCAAAUUGCCAAGUGCAUUUACUGCAGCUAAAAUGCGCAAAAAUGUUGUGAUUAUGGAAGGUUUUAGCCGAGAACUUGUUAAAAGGUUAGACCAAAAUCAAUCAAUCAAUAUCAAAGAUGUAUUGAGUAGAUUUUCAAUUGAUAUUAUCAGUGCAUGUGCUUUUGGACUAGAAACUGAAACACUAAAACAGCAAAAUCAAGAAUUAACAAAACAGGCAAGGGCAUUUUUUGAUGUACAAUGGUGCAGGACUAAAAACAGUUUAGUAAUCCUUAUACCAAGACACAUAUUAAGCUUAUUUCAGUUUAGAUUGUUUCCUAAAAAAACAACAAACUUUUUUAUGAAUCUAUUCAAAGAUGUUAAAGAACAACGCCAGAAGGAAACUACAAAAAGAAACGAUUUGACUGAUUUAUUGUUAGAUUUGUGUGUCAAGACUAACAAAGAUUUUAGUGGAGAAGGCACAAUGGAACCUUUAAAUUUUAACGAAAUGGCCGCCCAAAUGUAUGUUUUUUUUGAAGCUGGUUUUGAAACUUCUUCGAGCACAUUAACUUUGACUUUAUAUGAGUUAGCUGCAAAUCUGAAUAUUCAAACAAAAUUGCGACAGGAAAUAAAUAAUAUUUUGGAAAAAUAUAAUGGACAAAUUGGAUACGAUGCUAUUAAUGAAAUGGAAUAUUUGGAUAGGGUAUUCGAUGAAACUUUAAGAAAAUAUCCGAUAUUUCCGAUAUUGCCCAGGAUUUGUACGAAAGAUUAUGCCAUUCCAGGGACUGAUGUAACAAUCGAGAAAAAUGCGUUUAUAAUGGUUACAAAUUUUGGUAUUCAAUAUGAUCCUAGAUAUUAUCCCGAUCCUAUGAAGUUUGAUCCUGAAAGAUUUACGGAUGAAAAUAAAGCGAAACGUCCUUACUGUUCUUACGCACCUUUUGGAGAAGGACCAAGAAUUUGUGUUGGUAAACGUUUCGGCAUCUGGCAAACCAAAAUAGGCUUAGCUGCAAUCAUUAAAAACUACAAUGUUACUCUGAGCAAAAAAAUGAAGUUACCUUUCACUUUGGAACCUUCUGGAUUGGUUUUAAGAGCCAAAGGAGAUGUUUGGUUGGAUUUUGAAAAAAUAAAUACCAAUUAA